AUGGACUUCUCCUACGACAACUCCCCGGACCAAACCUGGCACCAAACCCAACUCCUCUCCUCCUCCACCUCCUCUUCCUCCUCCUCCUCCUCCAUGCGCCUGAUCCAGCGCGUGCGGCGUGUUGGGGACGUGUGGAGAGGAGCAGAAUGUGUCCCAGGUACAAAGCGGGGAAAGUGCGCACAAGUCGCACACAGAACCCACAACAGCAGCAGCAUCAGCAGCAGCAGCAGCAGGAACAGCAGGAGCAACAGCAGCAGGAGCGGUCAGGACGCCAGGCUGGUGCAGGCUCGGAGCGCCUGGGAGAGGGGACAGAGUGGAUACAUGGGAGACCUAGAGACGCGCAAGUGUAAAAGAUUUCCGGACCCAAAUGUCAAGAUCCCCCACCUUUCUCUUACUCUGGAAGAGGCGUUGCACCAGGUCGAGGAAGCCAACCCUUUCUGCCGGGCCUCACAGUGCCCCGAUGAAUGCCGUUGUGAUCGCACUUUUGUUUACUGCAACGAGAGGAGCUUGACCUCAGUGCCUGUGGGAAUAGGGGAGGGUUACAAGACUCUCUACCUCCACAACAACCAAAUCGAUGAUGCCAUUUUCCCUCCGGAGCUCCACUACGUGGCCUCGGUUGAGACGGUGUAUCUCUACGGCAACGAGCUGGAAGAGUUCCCUAUGAACCUGCCGAAAAACGUGCGCAUCAUCCACCUGCAGGAGAACAACAUACAGACCAUAUCGAGGGCGGCUUUGGCUCAGCUGCUGUGGCUGGAGGAACUGCAUUUGGAUGAUAACUCCAUAUCCACGGUCGGGGUGGAGGAGGGCGCGUUUCAAGAGGCGGUGAGUUUAAAAAUGCUCUUUCUCACCAAAAACCAUCUGAGCAGCGUGCCUAUCGGCCUCCCGGAAACUCUGAAAGAGCUGCGAUUGGACGAGAACAGGAUUGCAGUGAUUGUAGAGGAAGCGUUUAAGAAUGUCACUCGCCUGGAGCGCCUUCUGUUGGACGGAAAUCUUUUGACGGACGAGGGGAUUGCACCUGGGACGUUUCAGGACCUGGGGAUGCUGAGGGAGUUGUCACUAGCCAGGAAUUCCCUAACAUACCCGCCCCCUUUCUUGCCAGGGGAGGUGCUAGUUAAGCUAAACUUUCAGGAGAAUCAGCUGACAAACAUCCCAGCCCAGGCCUUCGCUGGGUUACGGAGACUAGAGAAGUUGGAUAUUUCGAACAACCAGCUGCAGUCGCUGACACAGGGGGUCUUUGAUGACCUGCUCAGUCUGAGACAGCUGACGGUUCGGAACAACCUUUGGCUGUGUGACUGCGGCAUGCAGUGGGUGGUGGCGUGGCUGAAGUCGCUGCCCGGCUCGCUGAACGUGCGCGGCUUCAUGUGCCACAAACCCGAGGCGUUCCGGGGAAUGGUGAUCAGGGAGCUGAGCCAGGAGCUAGUGCAGUGCCCACAGAGCACAAAGCCCGCGCCCCCUCUCCCCUCCACCACUACUCUGUCCCUCUCCACACAUGCCCCAGUCACUAAGUUCAUCAACCCCUCCUUCAAAAAACCCCUGCCCACAUUUCCCACACUGUACCCCAUAUACACAACCAGAGAGGGGGGGCUGAGGACUAGGAGACCCCAAGACCCACGCAAAGAGGGUCUGCAGGUCACCUUUGCCAUACAAAACGGCUCCGCCAUCCACGUCAGCUGGGUGGCCGCCUUUCCUGUCACUGCCUUCAAGGUGACGUGGGCUCGAAUGGGUCCCAGCCUGACGGGCGAGACAGUGAGGGAGAGGAUUGUGGGAGGGGACCAUAGGGGCAUCAGACUGGCCAAUCUGGAGCUAAAGUCCACCUACAGGAUCUGUGUGAUUCCUCUAGAUGCAUUUAACAACUACCGGCCCAAAGACGACACGGUGUGCACCGAGGCCGUGACCACUGCCGCCUCCUUCCGCCCGGACAACAACAAAAGGCCGUCUGGACCAGAGCAGGCCACGCAGCCCGAGCCCGGCUCUCCUUUCCUGUUAGCCGGCCUCAUCGGAGGAGCUGUGAUCGUGGUCCUGGUGCUGCUGCUCAGCCUCUUCUGCUGGCACAUGCACAACAAGAGUCGCUCUAAGUCCUCCACCGCCUGGAAAUACAACCGUGGGCGCAGGAAAGACGACUACUGUGAGGCGGGCACAAAGAAAGAUAAUUCUAUCCUGGAAAUGACUGAGACCAGCUUCCAGAUAGUCUCACUCAACAAUGAGCAGCUCCUCAAGGGAGAGCUGCGCAUUCAGCCUAUUUACACCCCUAAUGGGGGCAUCGGUUUCAGAGACUGCCCCUUGGGGAACAACAGCACAGUUUACUGCAAGAACAAUGUUCAGGAGGCCGACUAUCCGAGCACAUGA